AUUCAAGGUAUCACUGAUGUGCCGAAGGUCUUGAAACACCUACAACCGGAACGUGGCAGCCUGAUUGACCAAAAAUAAAUGCAGCCUUAGUACUAGACUUCCGCAAUGCUUAUUGCAGGCAUCCGCGACACCUGAAGAAGAAAUAACGGAAGAGAUGCGCCCUGCUAAUGCCCAGAGUCCACUUGAAGAUUUGGACCCUGGAUAAGCAAGUCAAAAUUCCGUUGGCCGUCAACUUUAGACCACCUCUUUCUGGGACUCUGCAUGCUUAGCAUACAAUCCUUACAUGUAUUGUGUGUCUCGUCUGCCAAACACCUGAGUUGCCUAAUCAUUCAGGUGUACAUGAUUGGCUUCGGUACAACAUACACAUAGUGCUGCCGAACCUAGACGAACCGUCGCCGAAAUGCACAGCAGCUCUACUAUCAAAGGCCGCCGGUCUCAUCGAAAGUCACGAAGUGGUUGUCAACAAUGUAAACUGCGAAAGGUCAAGUGUGGAGAAGAAAAGCCGACAUGCAGCAAUUGCAAGAGACAUGGAGUCCAUUGCUCCUUCGCUCUCUCAAAUCGAAUGGCAGAAUCGACCCUGCUAGGUGAUCAAAGCUCCUUUUCUAGCCAAACGUCCACCCCGCAAUCCGACUACAGACCCAGCAACCCCAGCUCUCCGAGCGGUGGUGCAAGUCAGCAGCAGUUGGCCGCGCCCGGACCCGAAUUGGCCAUUGCGGAUCUGGAGCUUCUGCAUCACUACAGCACUUCAACCGCCUAUACAUUCUCCUUGCAUCCCGUUAUCCAGACACUAUGGCGCAUUGAAGUGCCCCAGAUCGCGUUUACAGCGCCUUACACCCUCCGCGCCAUUCUGGCCGUAUCUGCGUUGCAUUUAGCCGUACUACGCCCAGAAAAACAGGAAUAUUAUAUUUCCCAGGCAAGCUUCCAUCACGAUGCAUCAUUGAAACUCGCAACGCCGGAAAUAGCCAACAUCACCCACGACAAUUGUACCCCAUUGUUCCUCUUCUCGGCUCUCUCAUCAUUCAUUUGCUGCGCCAAGCCACUCAAACUAGGCAAUUUCCUGCUCUGGGAAGACCACGAAAUCGCCAACUGGCUAAUGCUUAUCCGAGGCACCGGAACCAUCGUCGACUUUGCCGAGGAGUCCCUAAAAGCCGGACCGUUGAGAACCUUGUUCAGCGUGCAUCGACAACGCGAUGCUCAUUCCGAGAUCCCGGAACCACCCACGCAGCACCAAUUCCUGGAGGACUUUCGCGGUUUCCUCAUAGAAGAAGUGAUAGACGUUCACGAGAAGCAAAUCUACUGUGAUGCGAUCUUUCACCUGGGCACUUGCUUCACGAUUUGCUAUGAGAAAGGUUGUCGGCUCGAGACGUCCGACGUGUUCAUGUGGCUUCUGCGUGUUCCUCAUGACUUUCUAGGCUUUUUGAAAGAAUACCGACCGCUUUCUAUGGUGAUUGUGGGGUACUUUUGUGUGCUGCUACAUCAAUUGGAGUGGAUUUGGUGCAUGAAGGGCUGGGGUACUCAUAUCCUGUCGCAGAUCUAUAAUCAGCUCCGUGAGCCUGUUUAUCGAGCUUGGCUUCAGUGGCCGAUGGAACAGAUUGGGGUUCUGCCGCCGAGGUAAUGCUUGGCUUGGCUUAUAAUAGUUAAAUUGAGUUUAAUUUGAAAGAUAAUGCCUCAGUUAUAUUGCAUUUUCCUCCUUUGUCAUCAAUCCUUGUGCUGUAUGAUGCUGAGCUUAUGCCUUCGGUACCGUUGCAAGCCGAAGAG